AUGGCCCAUUCACUAGCCAGAUUUCUCUUGUCGCCUAAAUGCCCUCGGGUGGCACCCUCUGCCUGCCGGAUAUCUCAGGCAAGCUUCAGCACAUCAUCCGCAUUGCAAGCGCGGAAACGCGUCCGAAACAAGGCGCCCCGUCGGACUAACAGUGUGCUGGAGGACGACCUGGAAGAAAUAUGGGAGCAUUUUGAGGACUCUGCGGAUACCUAUGAUUCACCUACUGCCGGUCAUAUUAUUCUGCAGAACGAGCGCCAGAUGCUACAUUACAUGCGACUCAUUGAACACGAAAUGCCAAAACUUGUCGCUUACAGAAAACCAUUUGUUCCCCCCUCUGCGGAUAAACCUUUGAUUGUCCGCUCUGUACACUACCAGGGAGAACAGCAUCCUGUUUCGCUCAAACGUGUCAUCGUCGCCCCAGUCGACGCUCUGCCCUUGAAAGAUGAUUCUGCUGUCCAUAAAGCCAUCCUCCUCGCAGGUCCAAGAUGGAGUCCUGUUCCGCAUGCGGACUCCGGUGUCAGUGGUAAUGAGCUAUGGGGUAACGGCUACAUCAAAAUCGCGUGUGAGGACUUCCCUAAGGCCUCCCAGAAUCUUAAGUGGGCCAGUGAUACCUUGGAUAAACUCGUCGCCGAGGCCAACAACUCGGCAGAUACAUUCUCUGACGUGCCCAUUGAUGCCCGCCACUUAGUUUCCAAAAUCCGCAAGGCGAAGGGAGGUGACCACAGAGGGAACAGACCAUUUAAUCGCACCACCAUCCAUGAUUUCCCAGAAGAAUGGCUACCUAAACCUGUAUCCUUGCAGUAA